UGAAAGUUUGAUCUGAACCCGCCAUUCCCAACUAUAUUUGUCAGCAUUGGUUAGGCUUUGGCUCUUUUCACGCUUUCGGCUCAUGAGUUACGACCAUCGGCUGUCCAAACUCCCCACCAAUCUUUGUAUCAUUAUUACCAUCAGUUUUCGAAAAUUCCACAUUUCAGAUCGUAACUGAAUAAUCGGCUCAUUAGAAAAAAAAGAAGAAAAAACCAAACCAAGAUUUGGCAGCCAAAUUUAAUUCAAGAAGAAAAAAGUGGGUAAAUGAGGGGUAGCAUCAUCUCCUUUUCAUUUAAGGCUCUCAACUAUGACGCCCUACGUCGCUCCUGUCCUUUUAACCACUAUCGCGUUCUUAACAAUUGCUAUUAUUAUCUUUAUACUUUCGUCAGACCUCCCUUCACCCACUCUUCCUUCUCUUCCUCUUCAUCUCACUCCUCGGGUUCUAAAUCAGGUACGUUCAUGGAUGUGAUUAAAGCAGCUUCGAGGCCAUCCGCUGCAGAGAGUAUAGCAAUUCGAGCUGAUCAAAAGAGCUAUACUUACACACAACUCUUCUACUCUGCACUCAACAUUUCUAGGCUGCUAUCCAGCUCCAAUAUCAAAAUUAAUGGUGGAGGCAUUAGUGGGCAUGGAAAUCUUCGGGGAGCUCGAAUUGGUAUUGUUGCUAAACCUUCUGCUGAGUUUGUGGCUGGAAUGCUGGGCACUUGGUUAAAUGGAGGUGUUGCUGUUCCGCUGGCACUCAGCUAUCCUGAGGCUGAGCUCUUGCAUGUUAUGAAUGAUUCGGAUAUAUCUGUUGUAUUGAGUACUGAAGACUAUCAUGAAACUAUGCAAAGUGUUGCUGCAAGAAGUGCUGCACAGUUUUCUCUAAUUCCUCCUGUUUCCAGCAUUUUCUCAUCCCCAAAUUUGACUGAUAAAUCACAAAUUGGAGAGAUAGAAGCUGAUGGAAGUUUGAUAGGUCAUGUUUUGAACUCUGGUGAAAAUCCAGCAUUGAUUGUCUACACCAGUGGUACAACAGGUAAACCUAAAGGAGUAGUUCAUACCCACAGGAGCAUAUCUGCACAGGUGCAAAUGCUGGCUGAAGCUUGGGAGUAUACAUCUACUGAUCAGUUUCUGCAUUGUCUACCACUACAUCAUGUUCACGGGCUUUUCAAUGCUUUACUUGCCCCUCUGUAUGCAGGCUCAACUGUUGAAUUUAUGCCAAAGUUUAGCGUGAGGGGUAUCUGGCAAAGAUGGCGUGAAUCAUACCCAAUGAAUGGGACUAAGGCUGAUGAUGCUAUUACUGUUUUUACAGGAGUUCCAACCAUGUACUCUAGAUUGAUACAAGGUUAUCAAGCAAUGGAUACAGAGCAAAAAGCUGUAUCUGCCUCUGCUGCAAGCCAAUUGCGCCUUAUGAUGUGUGGCUCUUCUGCACUUCCUCAACCUGUCAUGCAAGAAUGGGAAACCAUCACUGGACACUGCCUUUUAGAACGGUAUGGGAUGACUGAGUUUAUCAUGGCAAUAUCAAAUCCCUUAAGGGGUGCACGGAAAGCAGGCACAGUUGGUAAACCAUUUCCUGGUGUACAGGUCAGGAUUGCUGAAGAUAAAAGCGGGGGUGAUACACUGGGUGUAGGUGAGCUUUGUGUUAAAAGUCCUUCAUUGUUUAAGGAAUACUGGAAACUUCCUCAGGUAACUAAGGAAUCAUUUACUGAUGAUGGGUUCUUCAAGACUGGGGAUGCUGGUAAAGUGGAUGAAGAUGGAUACUAUGUCAUUUUGGGACGUACAAGUGCUGAUAUUAUGAAGGUUGGUGGAUACAAAUUGUCAGCCUUGGAAAUUGAAUCAGUUCUUUUACAGCACCCUGAUAUAGCAGAAUGUUGUGUAUUGGGCUUACCGGACAAGGAUUAUGGAGAAGCUGUAUCUGCAAUAGUGGUGCUAGAGUUGGAAGCAAAAAGGAAACAAGAAAAGUCAAACUCUGCUUUGAGUUUGGAAGAGCUCCGCAACUGGGCUAAAGACAAACUUUCUCCAUACAAGAUCUACCAACAAGAUUAAUGUUGUGGGAUUCUCUUCCUCGUAAUGCCAUGGGAAAGGUGAACAAGAAAGAGCUGAAGAAACAGUUGGGUAAUGAAAAGUAAGCCAACUUUAUUCUGAACUAAAUGUUGUAAGUUAGUACACAAUAAGUAGAUCGGAGAUCAAAGUUGAAACUAAAGGUCAGAAGCUUAGGAUGGUUCCCUUCCAUGGAUGUGAACUGACUAAUAAGAGAGAAAUUUUAAGAAAUUAUUUUAUGCUGUCAUUUUAAGGGAAAUCAGCUGUGUAUCUUCUGAUCUGAUCCCCAGUCAGUAAUUGAUUGUGCAGAACUAUAGAUAUUUCUGGAUGAAAAAACUUUUUUCCUUUUUUGGCAUCUUUUUGAAGGGUAAAUUUUGGUUUUGUAAUGCUUGGAUUGGCAGCAAAUUGAUUAAUUGAGAUCUGGAAAUUAAGGAGGCAUAUUGCAUACUGUGAAAUUUUACUGUGUUCAGCUUUGGCUUACUUUUCCCUCUCACCUUUUAGCCAUGUAUAUAUCACAAGAAAUCUCAGCCCUUAAUGUGUAAGUGGUGCGAAAAGAAGUGGGAUUCCUGUUUUAAGUUUUUUUUUUUUCCUACUAAAACAAGUUUACUGUUACCUACCUCCUGUGCUAGUAAAAGUUAAAAAAAAAAAAGAUAAUAUACUUGUUCCUUUUUCCUUCCGUAGAGUACAUUUGGUUAAGAAAAAGUUGGAUUAUCUCUUAG